AUGGAAUCGACAGCAAUAGUGCCUAAAGGCCCUGUUGUGGGUAGUGAAGAUAUGGAGAAAGCGGAAGUCAUUGCUAGUGGGUCCACAGACAUUAUAUCAACAACAUCAACAGCGACAACAACGGCGGCGAUUGGAAGUGUACAGGAAGAAAGUGUAAAACAAGAAGAUGUUCCUAUGGAAGGUGGAGAGGGGGAAGUCGAGGAAGAGGAAGGCGAAACUCGCUGUAUCUGUGGAGAGCUCGAUACUCCAGAUGACUCCGGAUUUUUCAUUCAAUGUGAGCAGUGCAGUUCCUGGCAGCACGGUUAUUGUGUGAGUAUUACUCAAGACAACGCACCUGAUAAAUAUUGGUGCGAGCAAUGCAGACCGGAGUUACAUCAGCUCUUUACCACAGAUACUGGCGAAGCAAGGUCAAUCUAUAAACCUGUGCAAGAGAAAAGGAGGCAAUCAAGAAGGAAGGCACGAAGUGCAGCUGCAAGUAAAUCUCAUGCCGCCAAUGAAGCAGAGAAAAGUCCCAGAAAUACCAGCAAUACCGAUGAUAACGUCGACGAUAUCGGCGACGAAGAAGAUGAAGUAGAAGAUGAAGCUUCGGCUGUAGCAUUAGCCAAGGACGGCAACACGAGGUCAAGUAGAAGGAGGAGGAGGAAUUCAAUGGAUGAUGCUUCUACCGAUCAGUAUUCACUGGAUCCUGGAGAUAGUGAUAAGAAGCUACUGGAUAGAAAAAGGGCAACUUUCAUGGCAAGAGAAGAAAAGCAAUAUCAAAGAAUGCUUGAAAAAGCCUUGAAAGAAAGCAGGAGGACAUCACAUCAAGAAGAUCCUGAAAGUUAUGAAAAUGAUGCUGAUAUAUACCAAGGUGAUACCGACAAUCACAACGGCACCACUCGAUUACAAACGGAUGUUAUGCUAACGGAAGGCAAACCGGACUCGGUAACAAAUGAUGAUAUGAAAGAAAGCCUACGACCAUCGAAAGAGCAAUCAAUGGAAAAAACAAAUGAUGUGGAAAAAGAAGCUAGUCAAGAAAAGGAAUCUUCUACGGGUUCGGCGCAAGACACUGAGAAAACUGAUGAACCCAUCCUACCCCUAACCUCAAUAUCUUCUUCUGAGGAUGAUUCAAGGAAAGCUAGUUCGAGGGGUUCUAAAAGAGUUUCCAAACCAGCAAGAAAGGGCAACAGAACUCGUCGAAGCAAUACAAGUUCAGACACCAACCAAAAUAGAAGGAGUGCUGAUAUAGGUACCGACAAACCAGUAAAGCCCAGAUUACCCCCUCAAAGGACCUCAUUAAACGAAAUGAGAAGAAGGGUAUCCGCUAUUUUGGAGUUCAUUUCUAGAACUCAAUGGGAAUUGAGUGAAGAUCAGUCUGAUCGAGAGGAAUUUGUACGAUUCGUGGAAAACCAGCAUUUCGUAGAAAAAGUUGAUACGAUUUACAACGGUUAUAAUGAAAGUCUAUCAAUGAUGGACGACCUGACUAGAGAGUUACUACUAUGGGAGAAAAAAUAUUCAAAUAACACUAAUGCCAUUCAAUAA